GCAAAUAUCAUGUCCGUGUUAUACGCAAUUUUAGUUUUGUCCACAGCAGCAAUAUUUCAAUCUCAAUCUCAACCACCUUGCGACUUGAAUUCAUGUCGAUUACAAGUAGUUUGUGAAAGUGAUGGCAUGGGACAUACUAGGCAUCCAGAAAAAUGCCCACAGACUGCCUACAGUUUUCCCGGUGGUAAACAAACAACAGAUUAUAUUCGCGUCAAGUCUCCGAUACCACAGAUGCGUCAAUUUUCUAUAUGUGCAUGGAUGACACCGAAACCGGGUACGAACAUGAAGGGUGUUUUUGUGAGUUACUCCACACCGAGAAUGACCAAUGCGUUUCUAAUGAUGUUGGAAAGUAGUGGUAAAUUGACCCUGUCUUACAAUCAAGUUUAUAUUGGGGAUAAUACCAUUUUCCGCUUGGCCACCAGAACGCAUUUUUGCAUAAGUCUGGAAGCAUUUCUUGGAACAGCAAAGAUCUAUCUCAACGGAGCACUUUUUCAAACACUUACAUUUGCCAACGAACGAAAUGAAAUAGAAGGUGGAGGUGCUUUCAUAAUCGGACAAGAACAAGAUAGUUAUGUGGGCGGCUUUGAUGGCAGCCAGUCGUUCGCUGGAGUGAUUGAAAAUUUCAUGAUGUGGAAUCGAGCUCUCAGUCCAGAAGAGAUAACAACUUUGUAUCAUGACAAAUGUAUGUGUCCAAAACACCACAUGUUGCAUCUAGCACUUCAUGAAAUUCAAGUGUAUGGAAAGGUGACAGCGAAGGCUGUAGAUGGUUGUUAAUGAAGAAAAUUUCAAAGGAAGGCAAGCUAUUGCGAAUUGAGGACGGUGAUUCAUUCCUUUAACGACAUUAUUUCUGAAUUUGAAUAGCGUUACACAUUUCUGUAUUAACGCCAUGCUUUAAGUACAGUAUUAAGGUGCAAAAUGUAAUAUCUUU